AAGCCAACCAUGUAACGUAGUAUUCAAGUGAUAGAAACACGUAACGUAACGACAACAACUGCACAUCAUCUAUUCUCUCCUUCCUCCACCACCCUCUUCCUCAAUUCCACGAAUGCCACUCUCACUUUCAUCUUUCUCACGUUUUCUCAAUUCGAACUUUCUAGAACCCCACUCACACUCACACUCCCUCUAUCUUCACCACUAAGCCUGAAAUUUUCUAAUUACCAACAUUUUCGGAAUGAGUCGUAGUUUCAGAGCUUCGGAAUCGCAAAUGCUAACUGCGGUGAGGCAGAGGCGUCGUCAAUUGGGGAUUUCCAGAUCGUCUUCGUUUUUUGUUGAUAAAGAUGACGAGCUUGCGUUGUUUAAUCAGAUGAUGAAUUGCGAGAAUGAGAAUGACGAUCUUCUGUUACGAGAUUCUAAUGAAGAAUUCGUUGAUUCUGCAUUAGGCUCUAAUCUGAGGACUUCUUCCUUAUUUAACAUUUCAUCAUCAACUGAAGCUCCUGUCCGUAAGACUGGUGCGGAUGAUUUUCUCAAUUCUGAAACUGAUAAGAAUGACUAUGAGUGGCUUCUAACUCCUCCUGGGACUCCUCUUUUUCCUUCUUUGGAGAUGGAAACUAAAAAAACUGUUAUGAGUCAGCUCAGUGCUUCAACCACAAGUCCCGUGCCAUUAAAAUCUAGAAUGGCAAAUCGUCCACCGGAGCAUAGUAGAAGGAACAACUUGGUUUCUAAACAAGCUUCUUCUCCUGGGUUGACUGCUUCAGGUGGUGGAACCAGGAGGCCUUCAUCAUCAGGGAAUCCAGGAUCAAGACCUGCAACUCCCACGGGACGGUCAACAUUAACCACAUCUUCAAAGUCAUCUAGACCUUCAACACCUACUUCCCGGACAUCAAUACCUUCAACUAGGACAAUGGUAGCUGCGGCAAAGCCCACUGUUCCUUCUGUUAAGACUACAGUUCCUGUCACGAAGACUAUUACAGUUCCUGCAACUAAACCAACAGCUCCUGUCAUCAAGACUACUAAAGUUCCUGCAGCCAGACCCAUGGUCCCUUCUAGGUCUUCAACACCCUUGUCAAGAACUACUACAAGAUCUUCAACACCGACCAGCAGGCCUACCUUAUCUAACUCCAGGCCUACCUUAUCUAACUCCAGGCCUGCAUCAAGGGCAUCAACACCUACCCGGCGACCAUCCACACCAUCAAAUGUGCCAACCAUCUCUGCUCCUUCAGUUAAGACUUCUUCAAUACCCAAGCCAGCUCCAGCCUUGUUGAAGCAGCCAAUACCGUCACGUGGAACUUCACCAACAGCAAUAUCAAGACCAUGGAAGCCAUCUGAAAUGCCUAACUUUUCACUCGACGCUCCCCCCAAUUUGAGGACAACACUUUCGGAAAGGUCAGUUUCAGCUACAAGGGGAAGACCUGGAGCACCCUCAGCACGCUCUUCGUCUAUUGAGCCUGCUUCUAGCGGCAGACCAAAGAGGCAAUCGUGUUCUCCUUCUAGAGGACGGCCCACCAACGGCAUUUCUCAUACAAGUGGAAGCUCUAUGCCUGCUGUUAAUCGUGGUUAUUCCAAAGCGAAUGACAAAGUCAGUCCUGCUGCAAUGGGUACCAAAAUGGUUGAGAGGGUAAUAAAUAUGAGGAAACUAGCACCUCCUAAGAUGGAUGUCAAAAACUCUCCCCGCAGUAAUCUAUCUGGCAAGUCAUCUUCAUCUCCAGAUAGCUCUGGUUUUGGACGAACACUCUCGAAGAAAUCCUUGGAUAUGGCUAUUAGGCAUAUGGAUAUAAGAAAAAGGGUUCCAGGCAAUACGCGACCAUUGAUGACAAACAUUCCAGCUUCUGCAAUGUAUAGUGUGCGAUCAGGACAUCAGCGAAGCAUGAAUGUUAGCGCCUCGGGUUCUCCACAUGCAACUAGCAGUAAUGCUGGUUCUGAAACAAGUGUAAACCAAAAUGGUCUUUACUCAGAUAAUAGUGAAAUAGAUUAUUAUGAUAUGGUGAGUGACAGAGGUGUUCAAUCUCCUGCCAGUGUGCGGGGCAGGUACAAUUACAAACCAUCAUACUGAGUUUUAUAGAUUGUGGAUUUUCAUUGGAGCUACCAUUCUUCUAUUGAUGUAAAGUUCAUUGGAAAUGACUACAAUACAACCUUGUGUAUUUGAGGGUAAUUGUUAUAUGUAGAAUUGUAGAUCAGCUAUAUCCUGAAAUGGUAGUUGUUUAAUUCAAUACCAUGUUAUUUCACACGAAAAGUCUAAAUCUGUGUAUGGAAACCUUGAAGGAUUAGUUCUAUAAAUGGAUUCGUUUAUAAUGCUAAAAUAGCAAUUCACAA